GGGCCGAUAAUAAGUUUCCACAACAUUACGUACGAGGUGACGUCAUGGUAUGGCGCCUGUAACUGUCAUAGAGUCAAGAGGACGGUCCUCAAUAAUAUAUCGGGUUUGCUACUUCCUGGAAUGAACGCCAUCAUGGGUCCCACAGGCUGUGGAAAAUCAACUCUCUUGGAUAUUCUGGCAGGAAGGAAGGACAUGAGGAAGGUUCAGGGGACAAUUUUAGUAAAUGGAUACAAGCAGCCUGAAUAUUUCAAGUGCAUAACGGGUUACGUUGUACAGGAUGACGUCUUACUGGGAACGCUCACAGUUCGCGAGAGUGUCAUGUUUUCAGCAAACUUAAGACUACCAAGUGAUGUUACUCAAGAAGAAAAAUCAGCCAAGGUGGACAAAGUGUUGAAUGAUUUAGGCUUGCAAAAGUGUGCCGAUACAAAGGUUGGGACGGACUUGAUCAGAGGAGUGUCUGGCGGCGAGAGGAAGAGGACCUGUAUAGCGAUGGAGUUGAUCGUCUCGCCAGGGAUCUUGUUCCUCGACGAACCUACAACAGGCUUGAGGAAAUUUUUCAUUAUUACUGUUGUUUGGAUGCCUCGACAGCCAACUCAACAGGGUCUCACCAUCAUCUUCUCCAUCCACCAACCACGUUACAGCAUUUAUAAGCUCUUCGAUGGCCUCAUUUUGUUGGCCUCAGGUAUCAUAAUAUACCACGGUCCGUCAGCUAACGCAAUUGACUUCUUUCAGCUUCAGAAAUUCAACAUCGAAGCGCAUAAUAAUCCGCCAGAUUUUUUUCUUGACGUUAUAAAUGCCGAAAUAUCAACUGUGUCUUUGUCUGAUGGCGGGCCACCGAUGUUGUCCUCCGACGCAGCAGAUCGAAAGGCCAAGGUCAUUGAAAGGUUAUCCACCAAGUUCAAAGAGACUUACUGGUACGCAAGUAUCCAAAAAACCUUGAACCGGAAGAUGAAAUUAUUCGAGGCCAACCCAAAGUUCGUGGCCGCCGACAGCUCCAAGUACGCCACCUCGCUGCGAGAUCAAUUGAAGUAUGUAUCAAGGCGGAGUCUUCUGAACGUCGUCAGAAAUCCAGCCGCCUCCAUUUCUCAGAUAACAAUGACCAUGUUCUUUGCAUUCAUGGUUGGCUUGUUUUACUGGGAUCUAAGCAAGAGGUAUCCAGAGGCCAUACAAAACAGGGUGGGUGCAUUUUUCUUCAUCGUGAUGGUCCAACUGUUUGGAAAUUUGUCGGCCGUUGAAGUUUUCCUAAAGGAGAGAGUCAUCUUUCUUCACGAAAUGCACAGCGGCUUCUACAGAGUGUCAGUAUUCUUUUUCUCAAAAAUUUUUUGUGAUCUCAUACCCCUACGCAUCGUCCCCAUGUUCCUAUUCGCCGCCAUAACCUACUACAUGAUUGGACUUGACAGGAACCCAAUAAAGUUUGGGAUCUACUUCCUCACUCUCUUCCUGACCACAUUGGUGGCUGCCAUUUUAACUUUCGUCAUCAGUGCCUCUGUCCGAGUUCUCGCUCUUGCCAACAUUUACGUAGGAAUGGUCUAUGUCGUUAUGAUGGUUUAUGGAGGCUUGCUGGUGAAUCUGAAAACAAUGUCAACGUACAUUAAGUGGGUCCAGUAUAUUAGUAUUGUUAGGUACGUGUUUGUUUGUACGUGUUUGUUUGUUUGUAUGUGCGUGUUUGUAUGUGUUUGUUGGUUUGUCUGUGUGUAUAUGUAUGUGUGUUUGUGUACGUGUGUGUGUGGGUUUGUAUGUUAG